CCCCUCUAGAACUCGGUAUCUAGGCCUUGUCCAAUAUCCAAUCAGUCCAUUUUUCUUCAUUUCCUAGCUGCCGACAUCUCUAUCUCUUAAUUUCUUCCUUCAGGAAAUCUUUAUAUUCAACUAAAAAUCAGAUCAGCCAUGCUAGAAGGCAAGGCAGUCAUUGGUGAGACUGACAUGCUUCAAACCAUGCAACAAGAUGCCCUUGAUCUUGCAGCCAAAGCCCUCGACUUCUUUGACGCCACCGACGCUACUGAAAUAGCUCGUUUUAUUAAGCAGGAAUUUGAUAGGAUGUAUGGACCAGGGUGGCAAUGCGUUGUGGGAAGAGAUUUUGGUUCAUUUGUAACCCACUGCUUUGGAUGUUUCAUAUAUUUUCAGGUUGGAAGCCUUUCAAUCUUGCUCUUCAGGGGCUCUGCUAGUUAUCCAGAACCUGAGAAAAAUCAGUUUGAAACCUUAGAACCAUUAGGGACCUUAGAUACAAUGAAAGCUUGACAUUUCCUUUACUGUUCUGCUUUUCCGGUAACCCGCCUUGUGUGGUAUAGAAAAUGAAAGAGAAUAAAACACAGGUUCUUCGCUAUUAGCCUCUCUUGUCUUUGGUUCUUAAUUACGUUGGCCUGCACAGGUUCUCUUUUGAUCUUGAUCAAGUUUACACAGAGAGUUGUAGCGAUGAUCAGAAUCAGAAUCAUAAUCUAAAUGUAAAAUGCAAGCUGAAAGAAAGUAAUUCAUUUUAGUAUCUCUUGAAAAUCAGGGAUCACAAUUAUGAAAGGUAAAGAAGAAAUCACAUGGAAGAUUUCUACCUGAUUGGAUAAAUCAAGUAAAAAAGCAAGAAUCAUGCAGAGACAAACCAGUUUUGGCAAUGGGACAAGAGGGAACUUUGUGGAUGGAUCAUGGAAUGGUUCUUAUGACCACAUUUUGAUACAAGACAAAAGAUGCGUUGAUGAGGGUGUUUUUUUCUUUUAAUCCUAAUAAUUACAACAAAAUUUAAAUAAAAAACAACAGCCA